UCCUUUGCCUUGUAUGGCUAAAGGCUCCAGACGGGAGGCUGACCUUAUUGGCCGUUCAGGAACAGGGAGGUGUGGAGAAAAGCCUGAAAAACCAAACAAACUUCCCUUCAGCCCAGCAGACGAACAGAUCCAACGCACACUGCUUGUCUCCACCUUUUUCAACAGGAAAACAAGAACCAAACCCUGCGGUCAAAAUGUCUGCGGCCAAGCGUGCCAAGGGAAAGACCACAAAGAAGCGCCCGCAGAGGGCCACUUCCAACGUCUUCGCCAUGUUCGACCAAUCACAGAUCCAGGAGUUCAAGGAGGCCUUUAAUAUGAUCGAUCAGAACAGAGACGGCUUCAUCGAUAAGGAGGAUCUACACGACAUGUUGGCCUCUCUUGGGAAGGACCCGUCUGACGAGUACCUGGAGGGAAUGAUGAGUGAAGCUCCAGGUCCCAUCAACUUCACCAUGUUCCUCACCAUGUUUGGAGAACGUCUGAACGGAACCGAUCCUGAAGAUGUCAUUCGAAACGCCUUCACAUGCUUCGACGAAGAUGCUUCUGGUUUCAUACAUGAGGAUCAUCUUCGAGAGCUGCUGACCACCAUGGGCGAUCGUUUCACAGAUGAAGAAGUGGACGAGCUCUUCCGUGAGGCACCAAUCGACAAGAAAGGAAACUUCAACUACGUAGAGUUCACUCGCAUCCUCAAACACGGCGCCAAAGACAAGGAUGACAUGUAAAAACCAGCAGCUGGACUCAUUCAGCAUUUUAUUAUAUAAAAUCACCUUGUGUAAGUUAUCAGACUGAAUCUACAGAAGACGAAAGCAGUCCUUAACAUGAAGAUAAAGAUAUGAAGUUAUCAAGAAGAUAUCAAAAAGCCUAAUCUCCACAAUAUCAUUUUUUUUUCUGAAUUUAUCUAUUGAGAAUAAAGUUUGUACAUUUCAGAAUAAGUUCUAUAAGAAUCUGAAUGAAUAAUUAUUUGUUAUAUUUAAGAUGUUUUUCCACUUUCUUCACUGUUUUGCUGCAUCGUGCAAAAUUCAACAGAAGAUAAAUAGGUUGAUCCAGCUUUUAAAAAUUCGGAUAAGAUUUUACAUCAAAAUUGGUUAAACAGGAGCCAAGAUUUCAUGAGAAAAAAAAAAAAAAAAAAAAAUUAAACUUAAAAAUGUAAGGCAGCAACUGAACUUUUUAAGUAUAAUCAAAUUGGCUCUACAAGUCAUUUAAACUUGUUUUUUUUUAAAUCUUGCCUAUAGUUUAAACUUGUAUAACUUAAAAAAAUGAAGUUGCAAUUGGUUAAAUUAUUUUGAUGAAUUAAAGUAAUGGAAAAACA